UGCCAGAAAAAAAAAUAAUUUAACAAAAUUAAAAAGAAUUUAAGGAACAGAAAUCCUCACUGAUAAUAAUGACUUCUUAUUAUAAGAAACUAUCAUCGUUAGCUGGUACAAAUGCGAUUGGUAUACAUACGAUCGAAGGUAUUAUCUUGGUUAUUGAGAAAGGCGUUGAUACUUUACUAGAUAUUCCAUGCAAUAGCCAUGAAGUAUGGGAAAUCGAUAAGCAGCUAAUGUGCGUAGUAAGUGGCCCAAAUAACCAAAUUCCUGACAUAAAUAGAUUUAUCCAUUUUAUACGUGAAAAAACCGAUUCUGUACUUGAUUUGGUUAAAUAUAUAUCCGAGUAUAUAAAAAUAAACACUCAACAUUUGUCGAUAAUUAUGGCUUCAAAAAAUUCAACUGGUACAUUGGGAUUAUGGCAUAUAAACAGAGGUGCCUCAUUUAGACUUAUUUGUUACACUGCAAUUGGUCCUAAGGAAAAGGAAGCAAAGGCAUAUAUGAUGAAACACUACAAACUCAACUUGAACUUUAAGAAUGGAAUGAAAUUAGCUUUUCGUACUAUGAUACACAUAAUUGGUUGGGAAAAAUUCAAAUCUUUUAAUAUUGAUUUCGCACGAAUUACAAACACUGGAAACGUUUAUAUAAAUACUUACGCCGACAAUGAACGCUAUAUACGUGAAUUCAUGGGUGCAUAAUCAUAAUAAUGAAUAGAGUUUACAUCACUAAAAUAUAUUAAAAGUA